ACGCCAUGCACCUGAGGGUACCCACGGUGCUUCGUCCUCUCACAGGACCUGAAGACUCCCCUGCUGGCGGAUCGCGUCGUCUUCGAGGGCGGGGUGGAGGCGGAGAACCUGAACGGCGUCCCGUGGGGCGACUACCUCCAUCGGGCGGGGGACCAGCGCGUGGAGAAGGCCUUGUACUUCCAGUCGCCCGUGGAGUUUCUCGCUGGGAUCCGUGCGGCCAAGAUCGGGGGGUACGACGUGGAGGAUCUCGAGGGGAGGACGCUCAAUUUACGGAGGGAGAACUAUCUCGACAGGCCGAUGGUAUU